GUAUAUUAAAUGUAAUGUUAUGCGCGAGAGGAUUACAACUUCGGAAAUUUAGUGGAAUACAGUAUUUAGUAAAAAGGUUAACGUUAGUAUCUAACUAUGGUAUCGAACAUUAUAGUGCAUGUGACAAAAUCAUGGCGAAAAUAACGGGGGUAUUAACAUUAAUAUGUUACCUGAGCACCGCCUUCCAGACAUCGUAUGGACUUUUUUCUGUCACGCUGACCCCAGACCUCGAAAGCAUAUCUGUAAUAGCAGGCGUAUCCACUCAGCUCCAGUGUUUAACAUCGCCCUCUAUACCAGCACCAAGGGUGAGGUGGUUUAAGAACGGCAGCGCACCUGGGGCCUUACCUGUGGAGACCACUUAUCAGUCUUCUAGCUCGCGUAAUGAAACUGUUACAUUGAGUUUACUAACGCUUGUGCCAGUAAAACAAGAUGAUGGCUGUAUUGUAUAUUGCACAGCACAAAGUCGUGGUUAUGCUGCAAACUCCACAAGGAAACCUUCGCUGAAUGUUAUGUAUCCUACAACUAAACCCAUAUGCAGCAUAAAUGGAUAUGAAACAAACGCAUCGACUAUCACUGUCGACCAGGGAAGUACCUUUUUCAUAUCGUGCUCCAGUGAAAGCAAUCCAGCUCCUGAGUAUACAUGGACCUUUCCCGGUGGGACCAUCUUUGGACAGAAUCUUACACUGGGUACCAUACGGAAGUCACAUGAAGGACUCUUUACAUUUGAGGCCAGAAACACCAUGGUCCCUACUGGCGGUCCAAGUGUCUCUUCAACAUUCGCGCACAAUGUUUUUGUGUUCGUUCGUGGUGCGCCAACGAAUACGGGCAUCGUAAUGACCAGAAUAACGUUUUGCUUAUUUUUAUUUAUUCAUUUCAUCUGAAAUGUUGCUUGCGUUUAAUAAACACUUCAACUUGAUGUUCUUCAAAAGAUAAGUGCGUCUGUUAUAAGGGAACUUAAAUGUGUAAUAUCACAUACUAUCUUUUGGUAGGCGCGUUUUGUUGCAUCGAAGACAAUGCGUUGAAGUAAAUGUUAUUCGCUGGAAGUUUUGUCUUAUAGCAUUCAGUGAAAUGUAAACAUUAAAUAAUAAUACAA